UCGGACAACAUCGUCAACGUGGUGGACAUGAACAACACGCCGCUGGUGAUCAGCCACCGCAUGAGCGCCGGCAAUGUCCCGCCCAUGGAGAAGGUGAUGCCCAGUCACCUCGCCCUGCAGGAGGUGAUGAUCAUCGGCAACUGUUCGGAUCAGGUCAAGUUCAGCGAGCUGACGCUGGACAUGUUUCGCAUCAUCCAGGCGCUGGAGCGCGAGCCACAGGAGGACACUGGCCAGCUCUUCUCUGACUCAUCUCCUGCUCCUGGCGAGCACCAGCAGCUAAACGGGGGACUGGGGGGCGUGGAGGCGUUGAGCGGCCCUCGACAGUACCGCCGUGACAACCCGCACAAGUACCUCCUCUUCAGGCCGACCUUCAGUCAGUUUCUGGUCUUUCUGACGUCCAGCUUCAAGGAGCUGCCGGUGAACGGGGUGCUCCUGCUGUACCUCUCCGCCGACGGCUGCUUCAUCAACAGCAAACAGCCCGAGGAUAUCGGCUACGACUACGGCGGCAUCGCCACCAACACGCGCUACCGCGACCCGG